AUGCGGCUGCAAACCGAGCGCUACCAACAGCGUUGCAGUCGCUGGGCCGUUGUGCAGAUGAUCCAACACCAGAAGAUGAGGUACUUGGAAGAGGCCUUCUUCCUUUGGUGCAAUCAAAAGCCCCAGUGGCGCCACCGCCUUUCGCACCAGAAGCAUUUGGAGCUGGCAGAUGUGGUGCUGAUGAAAGGUGCCUUAAAGCAGCAGCAGGUCUUCUUCGUGGCUUGGAAACGGGUCCAGGCAGAAGAAAAGGUCAUGCGAUCCGAGGAAGAGAUGUGGCAAUUGGAGGCCCGAUUAGCUCGACUUGCGGGUGAAAGGGGCCUGUCCAUGCGGCUUAGCAAUGCGCUGGCUCAAGGCCUGUUGAACCAGAAUGUCAUGUUGGCAUGA